CCUUCGAGAGUCAACAUGAAAGCGUUCUUGGUAUUAGCAGCCGUCGCGGCACUCGGCUCGGCUCGGCCCGAGGCGGGGUACAGCUAUAACGCUCCCGGCGGCGGGAUCGGAGGAGGACACGGCGGCCUCGGCGGAGGACACGGCGGUCUCGGAGGCCUCGGGGGCGGCCUCGGGGGAGGACACGGGGGCUUCUCCACCGGUGGCCUGAGCUCCAGCAGCUUCGGCAUCGGAGGCGGACUUGGCGGUGGAAUCGGAGGCGGACUUGGCGGUGGAAUCGGAGGCGGAUCCUUCUCAUCCGGCGGUGGCUCCUUCUCGUCCGGUGGCGGAUUCUCCUCCGGCGGCGGAUUCGGCGGCGGCUUCGGCGGCGCCCCCAUCGUCCAGAAGCACAUCUACGUCCACGUCCCACCCCCAGAACCUGAAGAACAGCGCCCACAAGUGAUCUCCGGCGGCGGAGUUCCCCAGAAGCACUACAAGAUCAUCUUCAUCAAGGCCCCGGCUCCUCCCGCGCCCGUCGCCCCCAUUAUCCCCGCCCAGGCCCAGAACGAGGAGAAGACCCUGGUCUACGUGCUGGUCAAGAAGCCCGACGAGCAGCCCGACAUCACCAUCCCUACCGCCGCGCCCACCCAGCCCUCCAAACCCGAGGUCUACUUCAUCAAGUACAAGACCCAGAAGGAGGGCGGCGGCAUCGGAGGCGGUAUCGGCGGCGGUAUCGGCGGCGGCAUCGGCGGCGGCAUCGGCGGCGGUCUUUCUGGUGGUAGCAUUGGAGGUGGUCUGUCUGGUGGCAGCAUCGGCGGUGGUCUGUCCGGCGGCAGCCUGGGCGGUCACGGUGGCAGUAUCGGCGGUGGCAGCAUCGGAGGCGGCAGCAUCGGCGGCGGCAGCCUGGGCGGCCACGGCUCGUCCGGAGUCAGCUCGUCGUACGGCCCCCCCGGCCACUCCGCCGGCCCCUACUAAGCGGCCCCCCAGCUCAAUUGUGAUAUCUGCUCAGCCGGCGACACCUAGUUUUAAGUAGAGAAAAAAACG